CGACUUGAAACCCGAGGACAAGGACAGGCGACUUUUGAUCGAGGUUUGGGAUUGGGAUCGAACGUCGAGGAACGAUUUCAUGGGCUCUCUCUCCUUCGGGAUAUCGGAGCUUAUCAAAGCGCCCGCCAACGGCUGGUUCAAACUGCUCACCCAAGAGGAGGGGGAAUAUUACAACGUACCUGUUCCGGAGGAGGGUGUCGAUCUGGCCGAAUUGAAGAUGAAGAUGCGAAAAACCUCGGUGACGAAGAAGACUACCACCACCCAGGACAAGGAGGUGCCCCACAACAUGGGCAAGAGCGACUUGAUAAGGGCGAGCGAUUUCAACUUCCUGAUGGUGCUCGGCAAAGGCAGUUUUGGAAAAGUGAUGCUGGCCGAGAGGAAAGGUACCGACGAGCUGUACGCGAUCAAGAUCUUGAAGAAGGAUAUCAUCAUCCAGGACGACGACGUGGAAUGCACCAUGGUCGAGAAACGUGUUUUGGCGUUGUCCACCAAGCCGCCAUUCCUUGUCCAACUACACUCCUGCUUCCAAACCAUGGAUCGUCUCUACUUCGUGAUGGAGUACGUGAACGGCGGGGAUUUGAUGUAUCAGAUACAACAGUGUGGCAAGUUCAAAGAGCCUGUCGCUGUAUUCUACGCGUCCGAGAUAGCGAUCGGCCUUUUCUUCCUCCACGGCCGAGGUAUCGUGUACCGGGAUCUGAAGUUGGACAACGUUCUGCUGGAUCAGGACGGUCACAUCAAGAUCGCCGAUUUCGGUAUGUGCAAGGAAGGGAUCAGCGGGGACAAGACGACGAAAACGUUUUGCGGGACGCCCGAUUACAUCGCGCCGGAAAUCAUAUUGUAUCAACCGUACGGAAAGUCGGUCGACUGGUGGGCGUACGGCGUGCUGUUGUACGAGAUGUUGGUCGGUCAGCCACCGUUCGACGGCGAGGACGAAGAGGAAUUGUUCGCCGCAAUAACCGAGCAUAACGUCAGCUAUCCGAAGAGUUUGUCGAAGGAGGCGAGGGAAAUUUGUAAAGCGUUCCUCACGAAGAAUCCGGUGAAGAGGCUCGGUUGCGGGCUGCGAGGGGAGGAGGACGUACGGAGCCACGCGUUUUUCCGACGUAUCGAUUGGGAGAAGAUAGAGAAUCGGGAGGUGCAGCCACCGUUCAAACCGAAAAUCAAACAUCGCAAGGACGUGAGCAACUUCGACAAACAGUUCACCUCGGAGAAGACGGAUCUGACUCCCACGGACAAGUUGUUCAUGAUGAAUCUGGAUCAGACGGAGUUUAUGGGUUUCUCGUUUCUCAAUCCGGAAUUCGUGCAACACGUUUAAAUCGAUGGAAUAUCCUAAGUCUAAUGGCUAGUUUUAAUCUCAUACGUUUCUCUCCUCCUUCCAUCUCUCCCUCUCCAAAGACGUUCUCGUUCAUCUUCACUACUCAGGGGCUUUCACCGUCAUUUCCCUAUAUCCCUCUUUCUCUCUAUCUAUCUAUCUGUCUCUGUCUCUCUUCUCACUUCUUCCUUCUUCCUUCCGAAUCCCCGAUAUCGAUCCACUUUCUCCACUUCUUCGAAACUUGGCAACAUGGUUAGGUUAUCCCGUGGUUGCCAAAGGCGACUUUUUCCAAAAAAAAAAGAAGAAAAAAACUUUUCACUUUGUAAUCUUUAAUAAUCUCAGAGAUGAUCGGGUCCCUCGUAUCGCGUUGAAUAACUCGCCCGAUGAAACGAAACGGGAUGAUGAAAAUCGAAAGGUAGGAGAUCGGGUGAUACGAAGAAAAAAAAAAAAAAAUCGCAAAUCGUUGAAUGGAAAACAUCGUGCUUCCUUCAGCGUUUUUAUCGGAAAAUAUUGCCCUUCUCGUUCUUCUUCCUCCUCCUCCUCCUCCCCUUCCCUCCCCCCUCGAUACGUUUUCCUCGAUUAUUUUUCCGGGACACGUAUAUACACGUACACGUACAUACACACAUACACGUACACGCGACUGUGUAAAUUAUACAUACUGAACAAAUGAAUUAUAUUCCUAUUGUUAUUAUGAUUAAUUAUUAUUAUUAUUGUUGUUAUUAUUAUUAUUAUUAUUAUUAUAGAUAUAUCUUCUUAUAACUUAUAGAAAUAAUCGCGAAUUGUUAUACGUGUUAUAAUUUAUUAAAUUUCAAUCCGCGAAUUAAUUUCGUUUAAUCAAACGAUUCUCUCUUGUGUAAUCUUUUUGAGCUAGUUAAAAUGAUUAAGCGAAUUAACUUUUUCUUUUUUUUUUUUUUUUUGCGGAUGAAAAAAAUUUUAACGAACGGUAACAAACCAUUCGAUUUCUAGUCCACACGUUUCCACACAGGUAUAACGCUUAUACGUAUGUAUAACGUGUGCCUAUAUACGGAGAAAAAUUAUACGAUACGAUAUAUAUAUAUAUAUAUAUAUAUUUAUGUAUCGUAUAUUUGCUCUCCGCUAAAUUAAUUGGUUAUCGAAGCACGAACUCGAAGCGCGUUUUCUUCUGAAUGCCAUUUAUUCACUUCCAAGAACGUGCUCGGUGAGCUUGACGGUGGUAGUGAGAUUAUAACGAUCGUAAGUAAUUUUAUACCACGCGAGGACGAACCGCAACAAUCGACGUUGUUGUUUGCGAAAAAAGAGAA